CUACGGACCCAGCGGCGCGAGGACAUGGAGCGACUCUGCCGCCGGCCGGGCCGCACAUGGUGGCGGCUUCUGAGCUGGUAGGAUGUCGCUGAAGACACCGACGCCCGGCGGCGUGGGUGAGCGUGAGACAUGGGGCAAGAAGGUGGACUUCCUGCUCUCCGUUAUCGGAUUCGCUGUAGAUCUGGCCAACGUGUGGCGCUUCCCAUAUCUCUGCUACAAGAACGGGGGAGGUGCAUUCUUGGUACCAUAUUGCAUCAUGUUGGUGGUUGGCGGGAUUCCGUUGUUCUACAUGGAGUUGGCGCUGGGUCAGUUCCAUCGGAAGGGUGCCAUCACUUGCUGGGGCCGACUGGUACCACUUUUUAAAGGCAUAGGAUACGCGGUGGUCUUGAUAGCAUUCUACGUGGACUUCUACUACAACGUCAUCAUCGCGUGGGCGCUGCGGUUCUUCUUCGCCUCGUUCACCACCAUGCUGCCGUGGACCAACUGCAACAAUGAGUGGAACACGCCAUCGUGCCAACCGUUCGAAGCAAACUGGACGGCGAAGGAUAACAAGACGAAUACAUUGAAUAACCCUCAAGCUACUCCAUAUACAUCAGCUGCUUCCGAAUAUUUCAACCGGGCGAUUCUGGAGCUGCAGGGUAGCGAGGGUCUUCACGACUUGGGCGCCAUUAAAUGGGACAUGGCACUGUGCUUGCUGGCAGUCUACAUCAUCUGCUACUUCUCGCUUUGGAAGGGGAUCAGCACCUCCGGCAAGGUCGUGUGGUUCACGGCACUUUUUCCAUACGCUGUUCUACUGAUACUGCUGGUUCGUGGGAUUACUCUACCUGGCUCUGCUACCGGCAUUGAAUAUUAUCUCAGUCCAAACUUUGAAGCUAUUACUCAACCUCAGGUGUGGGUGGAUGCGGCUACACAAGUGUUUUUCUCUUUGGGUCCUGGUUUUGGAGUCCUGCUAGCUUACGCUUCGUACAAUAAGUACCACAACAAUGUGUACAAGGACGCCAUUCUCACCAGCGUGAUAAACUCGUGCACAUCAUUCGUUGCCGGUUUCGUGAUCUUCAGUGUGCUGGGCUACAUGGCGCACGCGUCUGGUAAGGAAGUGAAGGAUGUGGCAACGGAAGGUCCAGGGCUGGUGUUUGUCGUGUACCCAGCAGCUAUUGCAACGAUGCCCGGCUCCACGUUUUGGGCGCUGAUUUUCUUCAUGAUGCUGCUUACUCUGGGAUUGGAUAGCUCGUUCGGUGGUUCGGAGGCAAUAAUAACAGCACUCAGCGACGAGUAUCCCCCAAUUGGACGUCAUCGAGAAAUAUUUGUCGCGUGCCUGUUUACUCUGUACUUCAUCGUAGGAUUAACUUCGUGCACCAAAGGAGGAUUCUACUUCUUCCAACUCCUGGACAGAUACGCUGCUGGUUACUCAAUACUUGUCGCCGUGUUCUUCGAGGCUAUCGCCGUUUCUUGGAUCUAUGGUACAGAAAGGUUCUGCGAAGAUAUUCGUGAUAUGAUUGGCUUCAAACCUGGACUAUAUUGGAGGAUCUGUUGGCGUUUCGUGGCGCCCGCUUUCUUACUCUUCAUCAUAGCAUACGGCCUCCUCGACUAUGAACCUCUACAGUAUGAAGGCUACGUAUAUCCUGAUUGGGCUAAUGUUCUGGGCUGGGCUAUAGCUGGCUCUAGUGUUAUCUGCAUACCAACUGUGGCCAUUUAUAAAAUCUUGACAACCAAGGGUACAUUUUUUGAGCGGCUCCACAUCCUCACAACUCCUUACGCAGACUCUGAACACAGUGCAGUGAACGGUAUGAUCGUAUCGGAGAGCGGCGGUGUCAGGCUCACGUCGGCUGUGACGACCCCUGUGACGCCGCCGCCGACAACCUCGCCGCCUUCGAACUCGCCGACUCAGCCCGCGCUCGUCUGAACGCAGCUAUCCUUCGACGUCUACUAUGUUUAGAAAUUAUUUAAUUAAAUAUAAGUUUAGUCAUUAUCAAUAGGUCCUCAAAUUUCAGCAAAAAUAUAUUUUUUGGGAUAUACUAUUGAGUUUAAUUAGGUACAAUUUUUUUCUAAAAAUCAAAUGGAGACAAAAUAGAAGGAAAAUUUUAAAAAGAAGGAAGAAGGUUGCGCUUCUGUAGUUCUUAGUUAUAUAUACCUAGUGCACUUUUUUCGUUUUAAUAUUCCUGUAUUUUAAUAUCAUGCCGUAUUUUGAUACAUCUCACCAAACUAUGGACUCAAUCGCACGGGGCCCAUCGUAAUGUGUGAAAUGUAUCAACGUAGAUUUUUAUGUGUUGUUACUGUUAAAAUAUUAAGUUUACAUUAUAAAUUAUAAGUAUUUACUAUUUAUUAAGAUACUCAAAUGCUUUAUAAGAAAUAUACUUAUUAAUUUAACUUAGUAAAUCAAGUUAUAUUUUGUAUUGCGAGUUAAUUUGGGGCUUCCAGUAACCUUUAUAUCUUUUUACCCACCUACUCAUGUAUAGAUAAAGGAAAAUAAUAUUAGGUUAGGAUAGUAAGAAGGCAGCGAGCUGCUGCUAUUUGAAGAAAUAGUUUUCAUAAUAUAUUAAUUGGGUAUGGAUCAGGUAUCUACCAGUUAGUUGUAAAUUAUAAUCUUAUAAGAACUAGUAGGGGCUACUAAGUGUGGAGGCGACGAAGACAAGCAUUUCAUAACUAAUCAUAACAUAAAUAAGAACUACAUGACACGUUCUUAUUUGAUUACAAUAAUAAUGUAUACCGCUUAUUAUGUAAGAAUUAUAUUAUCUUGAUUAUAUAAAAUAUGCUUUAGUGAUAUUGUAAUAUAAAAAGAAACCUGUAAUUGAAAAUUAUAAAAUAGGUACGUAAUCCUUUACAAUUCAGCUGAAAGGAUUUUUAUAAUUCUUCUUUAGAUUAUAUAUACAUAAUAUGUACUCAAUAUCUCUUUAACUACGGAUGUAGGAUAGUAUAAGUGUAAGUAAAAUACAUUCAGUAAAACGUCAUUAAAAUAGAUUAGUAUAUUUAUCUACGUACUGAAGCAAAAGGUUGAUGCUGGAACAAAUAGAAUAGUGAUAUAAUAAACCCACUGUAUGAUUUACCCAAUACCCAACUCCCCAAAUUUCAAAUUUAAAAUAUCGUUUUGCUUUAUAGUCUAAUAUUUUUUCAAGUUUAACAAAUAUCGAUUCACGAUCCUAUCAUUGAGUUUCAGUUCCAAAUUGAAAAGUGGUUUUAGAAAACUUUCUUUAAUGAUAAUAAAAUAGUUUCCUUGCAAGAAAUUGAAAAUUAUAUUAAUUAGUUAUUAUGGUUAUCCAUCCAACCUAAUGGAUGAAUUAUACGAAAAUCUACUUAUUAAGUAUCUAUACUGUCAUUGUUGUUUUUAAAAUAAUUGAUUCAACAGUUAUAAUUUUAAUAAGAAUUAUUUAGGUAGAUAUCUACUAUCGCAAUAAAAAAUAUUGCUUCUAAAAAUAUUAUCUUUUGAAUGUCUUACAUAGAAACCUAGGUACUUAUAAUGUUCUUUGCAGGAGUUCAGUCUAUCUGCAACUAGCUAGAAUAAAGCGUAGAAUUAAAAUUACCCUAGAAUAACAUUUUAGUCAUAAUUACAAUGUAUUUUAGUGAUUUCUUUCAUCCGCAAAUGAUUGAGUGAAUUUAGAAUUUUAUGCUGAAAUUUCGAUUAUUCUCUAGCUAGACUGCUUAAUUUUGAGUAGAGUUGGGUGAAAUUGGUUAUGUUUUGUUCAUCGGUGAUGCAAAUUUACGGAAAUACGAAAUGAAAAGCAACAGAAUUGUGGCAGGAGUUGCGAGUAGAGAGACGCUAAUAUUUUUUUUUACUGGUGUUAACAAAAAAGUAUUUUGUGCUAAAUGCCAGAUUACAUAAAUAUUA